AUGGCAAUUGUCAAUACAACUGUUGCUUACCUUCGUCAAGUUGUAAUAUCAUGUAACAAGUCGAAUGUUAAAAAUGUGUUGAAGAAAGCGGAUUCAUUCACGCAAUUUAUAAGGAAGUACAAUUCGAUAAACAAUCAUUUUGUUAACUUUAAGAACAAUAAACUAAUAGUAUUUGAAAGAAAAAAAUUUUCAAACUAUCAAAAUAAUCAAAUUAAUGAGAAUAAACAAAAUGAAAAUAGCAGUGAUGACGAGAAUGACAAAUUAAUUUUGAACGAUGACAGCGAUAACGACGAUGAUGAUGUAACAGAACAAAAAGAUGAAAGCGCAAGUUAUAAUUCUGAUAAACCUGACUAUGAGCAAAUAAAUCCUCCUAAGCUGAUGAGGAUGAAAAAAAGUAAAUACGAUUCUGAUGUUGUCAUAAUAUGUGAAGAAGGGAUGGAAUUACCUGAAGAAAUGAGACAUCGAAUGUUGAGCGAAGAAGAAAUAGAACAAAUAAAUUUAGGCAUACCGAAUUUGGAAUUAUACCGGUAUUCUAAUAACAUUGUUUAUAGUACAAAGGAAAAUAAAUAA